AUGCUUCGCCAGUUGAUGCUCACAACGUUUGUGGCAUCACUUGCACAUGCACUGGCAGCAUUGCCACGUCAUGCAAUGCCUGUGUCAAAAUGGAAACGGAAUUCGAGCAACAGGGUGGUGACUGGUGAUAUCCGCAGCUUCAUCAAUUGCGCGGCAUCAGGUGACACAAGCCCCUUGCUUUGCGAUGUUGCAGCGCAAAUUGGCCGCACAAUGCCGGACAAGAUGAAACACAAAGAACUUUUUGAGGGCUUCUCAGUGGCGCGCCUUGUGCAUCGGCACACUUGGCCGACUGCACAGCACUUGGACAUAGUUGACCUGUGUGCUGGCUGUGGUUUGGUGGGCCUCUUCCUUGCUUUAAUGCAUUCACAGAGGAAGGUUCUUGCUAUGGAUCGGUGCCAGUCUAGACUUGCAGCUCAGCUGCACAAGCAAGUCGCCAGCCGAUUUCACAAAGUGCAAGAAAGAAUUCACUGGAAAACUGCAGACUUGCGCCCCGUCGGCCCUGCGGAUCCUGUUGCUUUGCCGACAGAGUCGGUGGUGGUUGCUUGUCACGCAUGUGGUUUGCUCAGUGAUGUGCGGCUCAAGAGUUUCAACUGUCAAUCAGUAGAGCCCCCAAACAAGGCGAUGGGAUGUGGUGCCUGCAAAGCACCCUCAGAAACAGACAUUGUCGAGGUGAACUUCUAUGAGAGCUACAAACUUGGCAAAAAGCUUGGUCAGGGAACUUUCGGACAGGUGAGGCUUGCAAAAGACAAAGCCAAAGGCACAGAGCUGGCAGUGAAAAUUGUUGAUGUAAGGCACUAUGAUGAAAAGUCCGGCGUGUGUACGGGACAAAUUAGCCGUACUAGGAACAAAGCAACACGGGAUGAGAUCGUUUUGUGGAAGCGGGUUGGCAGUGAGGAAUGCUUGCAUGUAGUGCGGCUCCAUAGAGCCUUCUCAGACAACUCUUUGUACUACAUGGUUUGCGAGAGGUGCAAGAGGUCAAUGCUGGACAUGACAGUGGACGGCUUGACAGAAGCAGACUUGUCGGACAUCUUCAAGCAGAUGGCCUUAGGAGUCUUGCACACCCACACUGCCAAUAUAGUACACCGCGACAUCAAGCCAGACAACUUUCUUUGGGGAGGUCCGGAUCAUAGCGUUUUGAAACUCUGUGAUUUUGGGUUGGCUGCUACAAUGCCAGCUGGUGGCAAGCUGCAGGGCGUGUAUGGCACAGCACCGUACAUGGCUCCAGAGAUGCUGAAAAACCUCGGAUAUGGCUAUUUGGUGGAUAUUUGGUCCUUGGGUGCAGUUGCAUUUUUGCUUGCAUUUGGCAAGUUUCCCUACGCCCCUGCCGAGCAGACCUCUGCAUCGAUGAAGGAGGCCAUCAGCAAAGACCAUCCAUCCCUGUGCAUCCCAACAGAAAGGGCAGAACGGACUCUUUGUUCCGAGGAGCUCAUGGGAUUUAUCCGCUCGAGUCUUUGCAGGGAUGUGGAGCAAAGAAGGUCUGCCAAGGAACUCCUUGAACAUACAUUCAUCGUCAACAGGCCUGAACCAGACAAGGAGGAAAAGCCAGAUGUCCAGGAAGGUAAAGAUGCUGCACCUCAAGAAGCAGAUCAAGACCAUUCGCCCACCCGACAGACAGUGCACAUCCGCUCCUUGACGGACAAUAUGAUGACUAGACCAAGCCCAACAGUGCAAAACGGCAUCGAUGAGCUGCUGCAAAAACUCUUUGAAAAAUACGGAGGAGAGGCAGCAGGCUCAAAUAUGUUCUUCUCUGAAGGAGAUGAAGAUGACAAGAAAACGGAAGAUGAUGUCUCGCCAACUCUUCGGAAGGCAGACAACCGAAUUCGAAAGAAAAAUUCUCGCCGCAAUGUGAAGCAUGUCACCCACUCUGGUGUCCUUUCGCCUUCGGCAGCAAAGGCAUUGAACAUAAACACCGCCAGCUCAGAGGAGGAAGGGCAAGAGGAGGAAGGGCAAGAGGGUUCCUAGCACGGCGAAAGCAGCGAAGGAUUAUGUAUGUUUCACUUUUCAUGUGCAUCAAUUCAGCUUGCACAAAGUGCAGUGAAUGUCCUUUUUUGCGCGGCUUACUGAACUCGCCUCAUC